AUGAGAACUUUUCAACUAAAAUCAUCGGACAACAAAAUUUUCAAGGUAAGCGAGGAGAUCGCGAUACAAUCCGCAGUGAUUAAGAGCUUUCUUGAAGAUUUCGGAUCUGAUAGCGACGAAAUUGUGAUUCCGCUGCCAAAUGUUAGCGGAAGAAUAUUAGAGAUAGUGAUCGAGUGGAUCGUGAAGCACGCGGAUGAUGAACUGACGAAAGAAGAAGUCCAAGAUUGGGAGAAUAAGUUUAUGAAUGAUCUAAAUAUGGAAGUGACGACGGAGCUUGUAAUGGCGGCCAAUUACCUCGAAGUCAUCGGAUUGCUCCAUCGAACUUGCCAGAGCAUCGCCGAUCAAAUUUCCGGCAAGAGUCCGGAGGAGAUUCGGAGGAUACUUAACAUUACCAAUGAUUUUACGCCGGAAGAAGAGGCGGAGAUCCGAGAACAGAAUGGUUGGGAUCUCAAUCCAUCAACAACGGACGACGGGCUGUUUCGGAUUUAA